CCGCGAUCGGUGUCUGCAGCCAGCCUGUGUGCCGCUGAGCAAAGCCUGCCGGGGUGGUGUGUCCCAGGGCCGCGAGCGCCGGCCCCCUCCCUCCCCUCCCCCUUGGCCCGCUCUCAGACUCAGAUAAAGCAUUUCCUUCCAUUGUCAUCCUACCCGGCCGGCCAGGCUGCCAGGGCCCUCCCCCUCCCGGCCCCCUCCCUUCCUCUCGCCGUCUCACAGUCGCUCUGCAGCCUCCGGCGACCGGGGGGAUGUGAGGCCGGUGCCCCGGCCCCCCGCCCGCCAUGAGCCCCCGGCUCUGAGGGCCCCGGCCCCUGGAUGCACAGCCCCGGCGCGGGCUGCCCUGCCCUUCAGCCAGACAUACCAGGCUCCCAGCCCCAGCCCAUGGACCUGCGCGUGGGCCAGCGGCCCACAGUGGAGCCCCCACCAGAGCCUGCGCUGCUGGCCCUGCAGCAUCCCCAGCGCUUGCACCGCCAUCUCUUCCUGGCCGGCCUGCAACAGCAACCGCGCUCAGCUGAGCCCAUGAGGCUCUCAAUGGACCCACCAGUGCCGGAGCUGCAGGGGGGGCAGCAGGAACAGGAACUUCGGCAACUUCUCAAUAAAGACAAGAGCAAGCGAAGUGCUGUAGCCAGCAGCGUGGUCAAGCAGAAGCUGGCUGAGGUGAUCCUGAAGAAACAGCAGGCAGCCCUUGAGCGAACAGUCCAUCCCAACAGCCCCAGUAUUCCCUACAGAACCCUUGAGCCCUUGGACACAGAGGGUGCUGCCCGCUCCGUGCUUACCAACUUCCUGCCUGCGGUUCCCAGCCUGCCCACUGAAGCCCCGGAACACUUUCCCCUACGUAAAACAGUGUCUGAGCCGAACCUGAAGCUGCGCUAUAAGCCCAAGAAGUCCCUGGAGCGGCGCAAGAAUCCCCUGCUCAGAAAGGAGAGUGCCCCACCCAGCCUUCGGCGGAGGCCUGCAGAGACCCUAGGAGAUUCCUCUCCCAGUAGUAGCAGCACGCCUGCCUCAGGGUGCAGCUCCCCCAAUGACAGCGAGCAUGGCCCCAACCCCGCCCUGGGCUCGGAGGCGCUCUUGGGCCAGCGGCUGCGGCUGCAGGAGACUUCUCUGGCCCCGUUCGCUUUGCCGACAAUGUCCUUGCUGCCCGCAAUCACACUGGGGCUGCCUGCCCCUGCCAGGGCGGAUGGUGACCGCAGGACCCAUUCGACUUUGGGCCCUCGGGGUCCUGUCCUGGGGAGCCCUCAUGCUCCCCUCUUCCUGCACCAUGGUCUAGAGCCAGAGGCUGGGGGCACCUUACCGUCCCGGCUGCAGCCCAUUCUCCUGCUGGAUCCCUCAGUGUCCCAUGCCCCACUGUGGACUGUGCCUGGACUUGGGCCCCUGCCCUUCCAUUUUGCCCAGCCCUUACUGACCACCGAGCGGCUCUCCGGGUCAGGCCUCCACCGGCCACUUAACCGGACCCGCUCAGAGCCCCUGCCCCCCAGCGCCACUGCCUCUCCUCUGCUGGGCCCCCUGCAGCCCCGCCAGGAUCGCCAGGAUCGGCUCAAACCUCAUGUCCAGCUCAUCAAGACAGCCAUCUCCCCUCCCCAGAGGCCUGCCAAGCCGAGUGAGAAGCCCCGACUGCAGCAGAUACCCUCAGCUGAGGACCUAGAGACAGAUGGUGGGGGAGUGGGACCUGUGGUGAAUGAUGGCCUGGAACACAGGGAGUCAGGCCACGGGCCUCACCUGGGCAGAGGCCCUGCUUCUCUGCAGCACCACCAACAGGUAGGACACCGGCCCCUGUCUAGAACGCAGUCUUCGCCAGCGGCACCCGUCUCCCUGCUGAGCCCAGAGCCCACCUGUCAGACCCAAGUCCUCAACAGCUCAGAGACACCCGCCACAGGGCUGGUCUAUGACUCAGUGAUGCUGAAGCACCAGUGCUCCUGUGGAGACAACAGCAAACACCCGGAGCAUGCAGGCCGCAUCCAGAGCAUCUGGUCCCGGCUGCAGGAGCGGGGUCUCCGCAGCCGGUGUGAGUGUCUCCGAGGCCGAAAGGCCUCUCUAGAGGAGCUGCAAUCAGUCCACUCUGAAAGGCAUGUACUUCUCUACGGCACCAACCCCCUCAGCCGCCUCAAACUGGAUAAUGGGAAGCUGACAGGACUCCUGGCACAGCGGAUGUUUGUGAUGCUACCCUGUGGCGGGGUUGGGGUAGAUACUGACACCAUCUGGAACGAGCUGCAUUCCUCCAAUGCAGCCCGCUGGGCUGCAGGCAGUGUCACCGACCUUGCCUUCAAAGUAGCUUCCCGAGAGCUAAAGAAUGGUUUUGCUGUGGUACGGCCCCCAGGACACCAUGCAGAUCAUUCUACAGCCAUGGGCUUUUGCUUCUUCAACUCCGUAGCCAUUGCCUGUCGACAGCUACAACAGCAAGGCAAGGCCAGCAAGAUCCUCAUUGUUGACUGGGAUGUUCACCAUGGCAACGGCACACAGCAAACUUUCUACCAAGACCCCAGCGUGCUGUACAUCUCCCUGCAUCGCCAUGAUGAUGGCAACUUCUUCCCAGGCAGUGGGGCUGUGGAUGAGGUGGGGACUGGCAAUGGCGAAGGCUUCAAUGUCAAUGUGGCUUGGGCUGGGGGUUUGGAUCUACCCAUGGGGGAUCCCGAGUACCUGGCUGCCUUCAGGAUAGUGGUGAUGCCCAUUGCCCGAGAGUUCGCUCCAGACCUGGUCCUGGUGUCUGCUGGUUUUGAUGCUGCCGAGGGUCACCCGGCCCCACUGGGUGGCUACCAUGUUUCUGCCAAAUGUUUUGGGUACAUGACACAGCAGCUGAUGACCUUGGCAGGAGGCGCAGUGGUGUUGGCCUUAGAGGGUGGCCAUGACCUCACAGCCAUCUGCGAUGCCUCCGAGGCCUGUGUGGCUGCUCUUCUGGGCAACAAGGUGGAUCCCUUUUCAGAAGAAGGCUGGAAACAGAAACCCAACCCCAAUGCCAUCCGUUCUCUGGAAGCUGUGAUCAGGGUGCACAGGAAAUACUGGGGAUGCAUGCAGCGCUUGGCCUCCUGUCCAGACUCUUGGCUGCCCAGAGUGCCAGGGGCUGAUGCAGAAGUAGAAGCCGUGACUGCACUAGCAUCACUCUCCGUGGGCAUUCUGGCUGAAGACAGGCCCUCAGAGCAGCUGGUGGAAGAGGAAGAACCUAUGAAUCUCUAGGGUUUCAGAACAGAUCACCUGCUCUCCGUACGUGGCUCUCCUCACCUGUGGUCAGCCCUGUUCCUGGGUCUGCAGAGAUCCUCUGGGCAGGCAGUCAGGUCCAGAGCACAAGCUACCCUGAUAGCUACCCAAGGGAACUUGACAAGGCCACUGGGUCUGGGAUGGGGACCAGGAAGGAUUCUGGGAGGAGGGAGGCUAGGCACUGGGACCCAGCUGGGCUCUUCCAGAACGGAUCCAGCCCUGUGGUGUCCAGGCCCUAGCUGUGGCCUCCAUCCCUCAGGACUGCACAGUGGAGGACUGGUUCAGGUGGGCCUACCACUACCACUAUUCUUAACCCGGAAGACCCCAGGUUUUGCACACCGCCCCAGGCUCCAUACAGAAAUGUGAACUUGGCCUCGGCCAGGGCGGCCCUUCCCAGGUUCUGAAGGGCUAGAGGAGUAGGAGGAGCCAAGGGGUCCCCUAUUCCUGAGGACAGGAGAGUUCCUCUCACCUGCUCCGUCAGUUGUCUUCUGGUAGCACUGGGCUCUGAGAACCAUUCUGAACUGCUCUCGCUGUGACUAUCACCAGCAAGCCUCCUAUCUGGUCACCGUCCUACCUAUGUGAACCAUCUCAGUGCCCUGGUGCAGCAGACAGGUCUCUGUGAGCCCUGUGCUUCCUGACCCAAUGGUGCCAAACCUUCAUCUCCCCUUAAAAGCACAACACAAUCCCAGGGAUGCCUGGUCACUGCUCCCAGUAUGAGCCUGCCUUCUGUUUCUGGGGUUCCCUCCACCUCAGUUCUGACUGCUGCCCCACAUAGGACUAGCUUGACUGAGGGGGGAAUAAGGUGGGAGAGUAGACAGACAUGGGGGAGGGGAGGCCACCUCAGAAGUCUUCAAGGCUUUUGAGGUCUAGGCCUGGGGCCAAGAAAGAGUAUUUGUGUGUUUGUGUGUGCGUAUGUACGCAUGUGCGUGUGCAAGAGUGUGUGUGUGUGUCUUCCCCAAGACCUACCAUACCUGUGUAUGUAUGCAUGUUUUUUGUAAAAAAGAAAAAAAAAAAGAAAAAAAAACCUGAACAAUAAAUGUUUUAUUUGCUUUAAAGUC